AUGAGCCGCAGCCUUGGGAUCCCGGUGAAGCUGCUGCACGAGGCGGCGGGGCACGUGGUGACGGUGGAGCUCAAGACCGGCGAGGUCUACCGGGGCUCCAUGAUCGAGUGCGAGGACAACUGGAACUGCCAGAUCGAGAACAUCACCUUCACAGCUAAGGACGGCAAGGUGUCGCAGCUGGAGCACGUCUUCAUCAGGGGCAGCAGGGUCCGCUUCAUGAUCAUCCCCGACAUGCUCAAGAACGCCCCCAUGUUCAAGCGCCUCGAGUGCUGUGUGCAGGGCAAGGGGUCGGCCAUCGGCGUCGGGCGCGGCCGUGCUGUCGCAAUGCGUGCCCGGGCUGCUGGUGGACGUGGUGGUGGCCCCCCAGUUGGAGGAGGACGAGGUGGUGCGCCUCCUGUGAGGAGGUAG